AUUGCCCUGUAUAUUUGGCAGAAAGGGGAAGGACCACAUCUUACUCAUGUGCCUGAGUUCUGCACAGAUGAUGUGAACUCGUUUAAGGUUGAUCAUUGUGCAACAACAUUCAGUAAUUUUCUGCCACUUUGUGGAGAGCCAGUGAAAAAGGAAGAUGUCUUUGUCGCUGUAAAAACAUGUCAGAAAUUUCAUGGAGACAGAAUACCAGUUGUAAAGCAGACUUGGGAAAGAGAAGCUGCCCUUAUUGAAUACUACAGUGAUUAUGCAGACACCUCCAUUCCUACCAUAGAUUUAGGCAUACCUAAUACUGACAGAGGUCACUGUGGGAAAACUUUUGCCAUUUUGGAAAGGUUUUUGAAUCAUAGCUCUCCCAGAACUCCUUGGUUAGUCAUAGUGGAUGAUGACACACUGAUAAGUAUCUUCAGACUCCGAAAAUUGCUCAGCUGCUAUGACCCAAAUGAACCAGUAUUUCUCGGAGAGCGUUACGGUUACGGCUUGGGAACAGGAGGAUAUAGUUAUAUCACUGGUGGAGGAGGGAUGGUUUUCAGCAGAAUAGCUGUCCAUAAGCUACUUGCUAGUAAAUGCCGGUGUUACAGCAUGGACGCGCCUGAUGAUAUGGUCCUUGGGAUGUGUUUCAGUGGCUUAGGAAUCCCUAUAACACACAGUCCACUUUUCCAUCAGGCAAGGCCCAUGGAUUACCCAAAAGGCUACCUUUCUCACCAAAUUCCAGUAUCCUUUCACAAGCACUGGAAUACUGAUCCAGUGAAGGUAUAUUUCACGUGGCUGGCACCAAACACAGAAGAGUCACUUAAUGGAAAGAAAAUUGGAUAUAGCAGAGAGGAUCUAUAAGCAGUAGAAGAAUGUAAGUGUUGAUUCAUGUACUGCAGAUGACAAACAGUCACUACUGUGAUUUUGUGUUCUCACAUUGUUCAUC